AUGGUUUCACAAGACUCACUACCAAACUCCACAAGCCCCAUACCCGACCAAACCCACUUUCCAAACGACCCGUUUGGCCCGUACCCGGCCCACCCAUUUUCCAACAAUGGCCCUUACCACCAUGCGGACAUGACCCACGAGGGGCGCCUAAUGGACUUUCUCGGCACCCAGAAUCCCGCCCAAAGGCUCUCUCUAUCCCUGGGCUCCGGCCCAUGCAGCCAGAUUCGGCCCUUUAGCCCGGCCCAUCUAAAUCCCGGGCCCGAUACCCUGCUGAUGGGGGAUUACUCCUUCUCGGGGAUAAUCACCAACAAUAACCACCACGACCAGUCGUGCUCGACAUCGUACGGCCAGGAAUCGUCCGCCGAAGCUAUUGGGAGCUCGAGGUAUUUGAGGUCGGCCCAGUCGCUCCUUUUGGAGAUGGUCAGUGUUGGGGGUGAGGAGAUCGAGGCCCACAAUAGGAAGUAUGCCCACAAGCUUUCACGGGCCGGGCGGAAAGAUUGUAUUGGGCUCCGGCCCAAUCUCCAUCCCGAGCUUUCGGAUAGUGAGCUGUGUGUUUGCCUUCUAAAGCUUCUUGCUUUGCUGGAGGAGGUGGAGAGAAGGUAUGAGGAGUAUUAUGAUCACAUGGAAGAUUUGGUGACGUCAUUCGAGAUUAUAGCGGGUUUGGGCUCGGGUCGCUCGUACACCGCACUCGCGUUGCAGGCAAUGUCCAAGCACUUUUGCACACUCAGAAAGGCUAUCGUGUCUCAAAUUCGGGCCGCUAAGCUGAAGAUGGAUAAGGAGUGGCCCAAAUUCAGCUCGGGAUUGUCUGGGCUGAGGUUGUUGGAUCAAGAGGGCCGCCAGAAUCGAGUCUCGCUCCAGCAAAUUGGGCUUAUGCAUAACUCGCGCCAGGCCUGGAGGCCCAUCAGGGGAUUGCCGGAGACAUCCGUCACCAUUCUUCGCGCUUGGCUUUUCGAGCAUUUUCUGCAUCCUUAUCCUAAUGAGUCUCAAAAACUCAUGUUAGCAACGCAGACAGGCUUAUCAAAGAAUCAGGGGUGUGAUGCAUCUGUACUUCUAGACGAAACCACGAAUAUAGUGAGCGAGAAGAAUGCGGGACCCAACAAAAACUCGCUGAGGGGAUUCGAGGUUAUCGAUGAGAUCAAAGCCAAACUCGAACAAGUUUGCCCACACACUGUUUCAUGUGCCGACAUUCUUUCUCUUGCAGCGAGGGACUCCAUUGUACUUAGUGGAGGACCUCAUUGGGAGGUUCCACUAGGGAGAAGGGACUCAAGAACAGCAAGCCUCAGCAAAUCAAACACUGAUAUUCCGGCCCCAAAUUCCACCAUCCAAACACUCACCAACAUGUUCGAGCGCCAAGGCCUUGACGAACAAGAUCUUGUUGUUCUUUCGGGAGGACACACGAUAGGAAUGGCGAGAUGUGUGACAUUUAGGCAGAGACUGUACAACCAAAACGGGGACAUCACCCUCGAGAAAAACUACUACAACGGUCUGAAAACCAUGUGCCCGAAAAUCGUUGGCGAUAACAACAUAUCGCCCCUCGAUUUCACGUCCCCAGUGAAAUUCGACAACAGCUACUUCAAGCUCUUGUUGUGGGGCAAAGGGCUUCUCAGCUCGGAUCAGGUUUUGCUCACGGGUAAAACCGCAGAGCUUGUGAGGAUGUUUGCAGAGGACGAGGCUCUGUUUUUCCACCAGUUUUCGAGUUCUAUGGUGAAAUUGGGGAGCAUUAGGCCUCUUGUUGGGUCUCAGGGAGAAAUUAGAAAAAAUUGCCGUAGGUUGAACUGA